CUUUGACAGUGGGAAGUCACAACCACUGAGUGUCAUUCAUUCGAAGAAUUACAGUUUUUCAGUGUGUUCCACAAAACACGACUCUCUAGCUACCUACUCAAACUCAAGUCAGAGCAGUUCAGUCCUCGUCUGCUGUCUUUCCAAACGCGACAAUCAGGCUCCCGCUACAAACUGCAAUCAGCAGUCAUGAUGACGCAGCAACUCGUCCGACGCGCUCCGCGUCUUGUGGCAGUUGCGACAACAAAGAUUGCAACAUCUCAAGCACGCUCUUUCACCAGCGAUACAAAGCUGAAGGGUGCUAGUAACACUCUUCUGGUACUUGGUGGGUUAGGUUCAGCCUUCUUGGCUUACGAGUAUGCUGCAGGUGCCGGCGUCGCAGGGCAGACCAAGGACGUUGGAGCCAACAAAGUCCCAGAUUUGAACAAUUUGGGCCCGUCAGACAGGAUCGAUUACUCGCCUGCUAUCACUAUAGAAGACGUUGAGAGGCGACUAAACGCGGGCGCGUUCUCCUGCCGUGAUGGAAAUGUUCGAGGUGUCGAAAGAUACGAUGGCGCCGAGCUUGGCUCCAACGCUAUCAACGAAGAUGCAUCUGUUCAUGGAAAAUUCGAAAGCCCGCUGAAGACCGGAGAUGGCUCAGAGUGGAUGGCAUGGGGAGUAUUCGAUGGACACAACGGCUGGCACACCUCAAAGCUUCUCACCAAACAAUUGUUGCCUUACGUCCAGCAAGCUCUGCGAAAUAUUGAGCCCGAGAACGGUGUUAUCUCUGAUGCUCAGAUCCACGAGGCAAUCGGAUCCGCCUUCAGAAAUCUCGAUGAUGCUCUGGUCAAAUCGGCAAAAGUCAUCAUUGAGAGCGACUUGCCAUACUCAGAAAAGGUCGAAAAACUGAAGCCUGCCCAGUCUGGCGCUUGUGCUCUGCUCACUUUGUACGAUCCAUCGUCUGGGAAGCUGCACGUAGCAAAUACGGGAGACUGCCGAGCGGUUAUAGGCUACAAGACGCCCGAUGGCAAGUGGAAAGCCAGAGCCUUAACCAAGGAUCAAACCGGUCGCAACAAGGACGAGAUCGCUAGGCUGAAAGCACAAUUUCCCGAUGAACCCAACAUCUUCCUCAGCAAAGGCCGUGUAUACGGCAUGAUGCCCUCGCGUACAUUUGGGGACGGUCUCUACAAAUGGGACAAAGAGCUUCGAGGUAGGCUUCGUGACGAGUACAAUGAUUUCAGACAACCGAGUGAUUCACGCUACCCUGGCUUCGGAGACGGUCCAUACCUCACUGCUUCCCCCGUGGUAAACACGAUUGAAUUGCCAAAGAGCGGACAUCCAUGCGUUUUAAUCCAAGCCACAGACGGCCUGUGGGAUACGAUGGGUAACCAGAAUGCGAUUGACCUUGUGAGCCGCUGGUCGGAUUUACAGAAGAGUCCCCAGCCUGAGCAUGAAACAAACACUUCCGUGCAGUCUCCAGAGCCAGUAAGGUUUGGUAAUAGGGCUGCUUGCUGGUACUCAGAGGCCAGGGCAACUUACCAAGACUCAAAUGCAGCGGUUCACCUGAUUCGUAACGGUCUGGGAGGAAAGCAUGAUGAGAUGGUUCGAGGUGCCUUGAGUUUUACUUCACCGUUGUCAAGAUGGAUCAGAGACGAUGCCACUGUUCAAGUUGUGUUCUUUGGGGGGAGGCGAGGCGAGUAACUUGGUUCUUUCUUUGGGAAGUGACCAGAGGUCUGUUCUUUUGCGCCCUUUGGAGUCGAUUGUGCCCCGUCGAGUCUGUCAAGGUCCACUCGUCGUACAGUCAGCCUGUGGUAUUGACGACGAGUUUUAUCACAUCGUGAUGUUUCGCCAUUCCAUCACAUAGAAUGUUGCAUGAAUUAAAAUGUACAUUACGCGAAUAAACCAAGUAAACAAACUGGAAGUUGAUCACGG